UGUCAACAAUAAUAACAAAAUGACAGCUGCAAAAGUGACUGCUAAAGUUACACCUUAUGAUUUGCAUGUGCCUCCGCCGAAGGAGAACAAUUUCUUCACCAAGGGCACCCAUAUCAUCAAGAGCAUUAAAUUCAUUAUUAUGAUUCAAGUGCUAUUGGGAUUAAACCGGCUUUACUUAUUCAAAUGUGGAGUGAUUAUCUUGUGGCUAUCUUAUUUUUACACGGGCUUUUUGGUUGUGAUGACAAUGUAUGUCAUAGUGAUUGGUGAUACGUACAGCGGGGUGCAUGUCAUAAUAAGAGAUGCGGCAAAUAUAGAAUAUUUGUUACUCGUCAUAACGUCUCUGUUGUUCCAGAAGAAGACAUUGGUAAACUUCAUCCAUGAUCUCGCCAUUUUCGACGAAACGAUAAAUGUAACUAAAGAAAUCGGCGCCACUUUGCAAAUGGUACACAGAGCAGUCGUUUGGAUGACUCUGAGCCUUAUUUACAGCAUCAUCGAAUAUUACACAAUCUACGUUUACGCAUCUGGCCACGAACUUAGACCAUCGAUAUUAGUAGUAUAUGUAGCCGGAAUGGCCCACGACAGCGAGGUUAUACUUUACGUGACGAUGAUACGAGCAAUCAAGAUCCGACUUCAAAUUUUGAAAACGCAUAUUGUAAAAGCAUUUGGAACUGAGAGCGUCCUGAACAAUUCCGAAGAACCAGAUAAAAUUGAAUCAAUGGCAAAUAAUGCACAUCUCGAUACGACUGCCAUGCACAGAGCUUACGAGUUAUUGCACAAGUGUGCUGAACAACUUAACUCUGUUAUGAGUUUUCCGAUGAUACUCAUGUUGUUUAGUGCUGGAUUGGGCACCACAUUGUUGCUGAAGAACUUUUUUCAAAGGAGUGACGAUGAUGCCAAUAAUUUAAUGUUCCAAGCUCUAAUAAUGUACACGAGCGUCCGAUGCUUCAAGUAUACCGCAUUAGUGGUGAUCCCUUGCUACUAUGCAAGCGUCACUACUAGACAGGUCUCCGUCAUAAGGACCACCCUCCAUAAUGCUGUCAACACCUUCAAACUGGAUAAGAUAGAACGCCGUAAAAUAAAGGCGCUCUUCCAGUUGACCAAGGACAAUGAAUUUGCGUACGCUCUAUGGGGGGUUAUCCAACUCAGUAUGUCGCUACCUUUAAGCUAUGCAAGUCUUUGCACUACCUACCUAGUCAUCACCAUACAGUUCUCUAAAUUUAUUGAUUAAGCUUCAUUUCUUGUUUUCGAGUGGUGGGAAUGUGACUCGAUAACUUAGGGGAAUCAUUUUCCAUUCUUCAGAUGUUUUCGUAGACAUGAUAAUAGUUUUAUACCAGGGAUGUUACAAAGCUCCGUAAAUUCGAAACUAUCGGAUAUUCGAAAUAAAAAAAACUAUACGUAACGAUAACCGGUAAAAAAGUUUCGGAUAAUUUCGGAUAGGAGCGGAGUAAAAAUUCGCUAUGAUAGGAUUCUGUUUCUGCCUAGCCGAACCAACACCGCUUCCUCUGCUAUGUCAUAUCGCUAUGAUUACUUCUACUAUUAGACUCUCAUACACUAAACUCGUAUACUCACACAUUCAUAUUGCUACUUAACACACACCCUUCGCUCUAAUGAUUAGAUUUAAGUUUAAUUUUAAGUUUUUUUUUGGCAAACUAUGC